UUAUCAUGCAGCGGUCAGAACAGCAAAUUUUCUUUGAAAAGUAUACCUCUUUUGAGCCGGCUGAAAUAGCUAAAGCUGUCAGCUAUGUCCACGGAGAGGACAAAAGGAUCAUACAGCAUAAUAUGAAGGAGUUCUCAGCGCUGAAAGAAAUAAAUAGCCCAUUUUGCCUAAUAAUGGACGAGUGGUUUGUGCACGAAACGAUUUGUUGUAUUCCAAAUUGGAAAAUGUUGGUGAAAGCUGCGCGCUGCAUCGAUGGGAGUUUCUACAGAACGCUGUAUUUAUAUUUGGUCCCUAACGAGACGAUACAAGAAACGGAGGAAGACAGCGAAGGCGAAGACGAGCUUAAAAUAAGCAAGAGGAGAGUGUACGACGGCCUCGCCCUGAUUUUGGAGUAUAUGGAAACGCAAGUUCCGGCAGUCCUGAAGCAUUUUCUGGCCAUCGUUUCAGACUAUAACAAAGUGAACGAUAUGUCGGUGCAGUUUGCGGUGUCUAAGGGUUACCCCUGCGUUUGGGACAUAACGCACUUGCGUGCCGACAUGGUCCAUCGUGGAUAUCUGGCGACGCCGCUCUACAACUUAUACGAAUACGUCGAGUUUACGGCGGACACGUAUCAGCGGAAUAUAGCUGCCUGUCUUAAUGUCUUCGAGGAAAACGAAAAUCCUCAUUCGGAUGUGCUAGGGCAGGAGCUGGACCAAAUGAAACGGCUGUUAAAAAGAUUUUUUACGUUUCAUCCCUUGGGGAAGCUCCGGCUCAACGGCGUAAAGAGCGAUGGUCCAGGAGCAGGAUCAGUGGGAGGCGAUGGUGGUGGAGGCGGCGCGGGAAGCGGAGCCGGAGCCGAGGAGGGACGAGCAGCCAAGAACGCCCAGGAGACGGCUGGCAAACCGGCCUCCGGCAUUCCCGCCUGUGCGCCGGUCAAACCCGGUAGAACAGCGGCUGAUUGA